CUGGUGGACUUCACCGGUGGAGGAGACGCAGACUGACCCUCAGUCCGAGCAUUUUGUGUCCUCAGGUUGGACUGUGGAGCCCUCAGAGACAGGGAAAGGCGAAGUUUGAGGUGAAGUUUGAGGACUCUAAAUGUAUGGAAAGGAAUCACUGGCCGACUGCCCACUUUAAGGAGAAACAGAGUGAGAUCACCUCAUUAAAUCACGGAUGCCCACAUGCUCCAGCAUCAUUUCCAGUUUCUCCUGAAGAGGAAUUUGGCACAUCUUUGUAACAAACGGGAUGAAUGAGAGCCGCUCUACUGCCACUCUUCUGAAAAGAUGCCAUCUUGUUUUGUCCAAGGCUGACACCCUUGGCUCUAGCCCCACUGGUCUCUCCAUGGAUUCGGGUGAAAGGGGAGCUGCUCUGCCUGAAAAUGAUGCAUCUUUCCCCCUGUGUGAGAUCUCAGACCUUUAUGAGAACGAGGAUGCAUCUCCAUCAACACAGGAAACAAAUCAGGACCCAGGCCAGGAGUUGGUUCAGCCCGGACAGCCUGCAGACGGACGGCAGAACCUGCGGAUGAAGUUUCAGGGAGCGUUCAAGAAGGGCAUUUCCAACCCUAUGGACCUGCUGGAGUCAACGAUCUAUGAGUCCAAUGUGGUUCCAGGCCCCAAGAAAGCACCCAUGGACUCUCUGUUUGACUACGGUACCUACAGGAACACAAGCAACCAGAAGAGACGCAGGAAAAAGCUCCCGAGAGGUAAAACUGAGGCGUCCACUGAUGAUGGUCCAAGUACGGAUCCUCCAAAGGUGUUGAAAGUAUUCAACCGCUCUCUCCUCUUUGACUGUGUGUCUCGUGGAGACCCAGCGGCUCUGGAGGGCCUAUUGGAGUUUCUGCAAAGUCACAAAAAAAGGUUAACAGAUGAAGAAUUUAGAGAGCUGUCUACGGGUAAAACAUGUCUACCUAAAGCCCUGUUGAACCUUUACAGUGGUCAGAAUGACACCAUCCCACUGCUGGUAGACAUUGCAGAGAAGACUGGAAACCUUAGAGAGUUCAUCAAUACGCCCUUCAGAGAUGUCUAUUACAGAGGCCAGACGGCGCUCCACAUCGCCAUAGAGCGCCGCUGUAAGCAAUAUGUGCAGCUGCUGGUGGAACAGGGGGCUGAUGUUCACGCCCAGGCCAGGGGGCGCUUCUUUCAGCCCAAAGACGAGGGGGGCUACUUCUACUUUGGUGAGCUGCCUCUGUCAUUGGCAGCUUGCACUAACCAGCCUGACAUAGUGCACUACCUGACUGAGAAUGCACACAAGAAAGCUGACCUACGGCGCCAGGAUUCACGUGGAAACACAGUGCUACAUGCCCUUGUGCACAUCGCAGACAACACCAAGGACAACACACGGUUUCUAACAAAGAUGUAUGACCUGCUGUUAAUAAAGAGUGCCAAGCUCUACCCAGACUGCAGCCUGGAGACAGUGCUGAACAACGAUGGCAUGUCACCUCUCAUGAUGGCAGCAAAGUUGGGCAAGAUAGGGGUUUUUCAGCACAUUAUUCGACGUGAGAUCAAAGAUGAGGAAGUUCGUCAUUUGUCGCGUAAGUUUAAGGACUGGGCUUACGGUCCAGUUUACUCGUCCCUCUAUGAUCUGUCCUCCUUGGAUACAUGUGGAGAGGAACCAUCGGUGCUGGAAAUUCUUGUCUACAACAGUCGCAAUGAGAACCGCCACGAGAUGCUGGCAGUGGAGCCCAUCAAUGAGCUGCUCAGGGCCAAAUGGCAGAAGUUUGCUGCUGUGACCUUUUACAUCAGUGUGGUUUCCUACCUCAUCACCAUGAUUAUCUUCACCCUUGUGGCUUAUUAUCACCCCACACAUGGAACGCCCCCCUAUCCCUACACAACAUCAACAGACUACCUGAGGAUGACGGGGGAGAUUGUCACACUGGCAUCAGGGAUCUUCUUCUUCCUCACCAAUAUUAAGGACCUGUUCCUGAAGAAGUGCCCUGGGGUGAAGUCUUUAUUUAUCGAUGGCUCCUUUCAGCUGCUGUACUUCAUCUACUCUGUCCUGAUCAUCGUCACAGCUGCUCUCUACCUGUCUGGAAUCCAGGCCUAUGUGUCUGUGAUGGUGUUUGCGCUCGUCCUGGGCUGGAUGAACACACUUUACUUCACCAGAGGCCUCAAACUCACCGGCACCUACAGCAUCAUGAUACAGAAGAUUCUAUUCAAAGACCUUUUCAGAUUUCUUCUUGUUUAUGUGCUCUUCAUGAUUGGAUAUGCCUCAGCCCUGGUGUCCCUGCUGACAGUGUGUCCUCCACCGGGAACAGUGUGUGAUGGAGAAUGUCCCACCUAUCCUUUUUGCAGAGACCCAGAUACUUUCAGUACCUUCUUGCUGGACCUCUUCAAACUGACCAUUGGGAUGGGAGAGCUGGACAUGAUUCACAGUGCCCAGUACCCUGCAGUGUUUCUCAUCCUCUUAGUUACUUACAUCAUCCUCACUUUUGUGCUGCUGCUCAACAUGUUAAUCGCUUUGAUGGGGGAAACGGUGGGACAGGUGUCAAAGGAGAGUAAGAAGAUCUGGAAGCUUCAGUGGGCAACAACCAUCUUGGACAUCGAGCGCUCCUUCCCUGUUUGCCUUCGUAAAUCUUUUCGAGCAGGGGAGAUGGUGACAGUGGGGAGGAACUGCGAUGGCACACCUGACCGUCGCUGGUGUUUCAGGGUGGAUGAAGUGAACUGGUGCCACUGGAAUCAGAACCUGGCAACAAUAAUCAAUGAGGAUCCAGGCAAGAACGAGACCUGCCAAGUCAAUGGUUUGCAACAGAGCGUCAGAGGCUUGAGGAGAGACCGCUGGUCCACAGUUGUCCCACGGGUAGUGGAGUUAAGUAAGGGUCCAAGGACUCGUGAUCUGGUGGUGGAAAUGGAGCCGCUGACAUCCAGGCACUGAUGGCUUCAGAAGACCACUGUUGCCCCUGUUGUGUGGAGACAGCAGAAAGCCAUCAGCAUCAGUGAGAUUACUCUGCUGGGGACUAUUUGGCCAUUAAGUGUCUUAAUUUGCACAAAGAAAAUUCAAUUCAGUAUUACAGCAGGGCGGUGAGCACACAGGGAGACACUGGAUGUACGAGUUUUUUAAAAAUCUGAAAAAUACUAGAGUUAGAAAUACUAACCCCAGGGUAUAAAAACUGUAUUAUUAAUGGCAAAGUGAGUUUAUUAUUUGUUCUUGCUUGUCAUUUUCAGAAGAAAGAAACCUUUUGCAUUUCACUUUUCAGAUAUUAAUGACUUAUCACUCAGGGAUUUAGGGAGUCAAAAUAUUUCAGCUUUGCCAAUCUUAUUAAGUAUUAGAGAACAUAGAGUUAUGCAUUAUGCAUUAACAGAGGCAUAAUUACUGUAUCAUUCAUUGCAUUUGCUGUAUAAAUAAAAUGCCAUAGACAGAUGUAAUUGCACUGGGAGAUAUGUUAUCAAAAAUAUUGCAUUUUUACCAUAUUUAUGGACAUAUAAUUCAGCUCAUAUUUACUGGAUUUAUAUUGGUGAUGUCCUCAUAUAACAUAUCCAUGAGGAUUAUUCUGUGUGUAUGCAGAAUUGACAGUGUAUUGUUGAAUUUAGAGAAACAGGAGAUAUAUGUUUUAUACAAUACAUUAUAUAUCUUGACUUCAUUUUCUAUAUUUAAUUAGUAAAGUAGUUCAAAAACUUUAAAAGUCUGAGACUUGGGCUGCCAGCUCAGGCAGCACAGCUUUCAUUUAAACUAAAACAAUGCACUAUGCCAUUUUCUGAUGUGUGCAUUAUUAUAAGAAUACAAAGACAUUGUUCUGAACAAGAUGGGCAUGAUGAGCAGGUUAUAGUUGUCAAGCAAAUAUGCAAAUGCAAGACAAUAGCCUUCCGUGUUAUGGUUUGUCUUUGAAUUUCCAAUGUUAUUGUUCCUUUGCAGCUGGGGUAUUUGCAUAAUCAACUCUCAGGCCUUGCCAUUAUGUACUUUUCCCUAUUUGCUGCAGUGUUUUCAUUGCAGUUGGCUCCUUGCCCUAUACAGCAUUUUGUUUAUGCGCAUCUACUGUAUGUAUGCAAGCAUUUGUGUCAGAGUUGAUAAAGAGCAGGCGGAGUAUACAGUUCAUUUUCACUAAUUCAUUACCGUUGAAGGUCACAGGUCAUUAUUUACAAUGUUUUCGUUGUAUUUUAUAAAGAGGCGUAUCUGCUGCAUUGUAAUACUGUAUGUAAGCUGCAUGGCUGCAAAGUACAAUAAACACUGAAACUGUUUUGUAA